GCCAUGAAAUAAAUAGCACAUCAAGCACUUGAAGCCCCAUACAUGAAAUGGUUAAACCAUGUUGCUAUCCGGCAACAAAUCACUAAAUCCAACACAAUGGUCUUUACUUUCUUUGUGCGGAAAGCGCCGAGUGAUCGGAACUCCAUGAGUAGUGACAGAGCAAAGAAGAUUGCCCGUGAAAGUUGGAAGCGUCCGUGAGAGCAAAGAAGAUCCCCGUGAGAGACAGAGCAAACUCCAGAAUGAAGAUUGCCCGUGAAAGAACAAAGAGAUCCCAAACCCUUCCACUCAGCUGAAGCAAUCCACCCCCAGCUUCCAUUGAGCUCCUGAUGCCGGCCACUGCAUCCCUCCGAUACAAACCCAGUUCCCUCUCCCUCUCCUGCAGCUUCUUCUAGCUUGAUCACCUGAGAUCAGCGCCGGAGAAGUCAGGAUGAAGAGGUCGGUGGCGGCAGAUUAGCACCGGCAUCGGAACAGGACAAGGAAGCGGAGGAGGCCGGCGGUAAUGCUGUGCGAGCUGCUGGCGAUCAUCGCCAUCCCGGCAGGGGCCACGGCGCUCGCAAUCUACCUCAUCGACAAGCCAAAGAUGCCGGAGAUGGUGAUCAACGACGCGAGGCUCGUGCAGCUCGCCUUCGACCAGGACACGGCGUCAUCCGCAACCUGCUGGUGACCGUGGACGUGCUGGGCCAAGUCCAAGGCCGCCGCGUCCUUUUCCGGCGUCACCGUCGCCGCGGGGUUUCUCGGCGUCGGCCUGGCCCACGUGGAGGCCCUGCCGUUCACGGUCGCGCCGGGGAGCUCGUCGGCGCCUCAAGAGUACGGCGUGGCGAUGGCGACGCAGGGCGCGAGGCCGCUGGACCCCGGAGCGGCGCGGCUCAUGGCCAUGGCGCUGGAGCAGGGCGUGGUGCCGCUCGACGUGUCCGUCAAGGCGCGCACGCGGUGGAGGCGGGGAGUUUUUCUCCUCGGCGUCCGGAUCUGGACGCGCGCCUCCUGCCGCGUCGGGUUCUUCUUCCCCGGCAACGGCACCGCCGUGCCCUUCGACCGCGACAUAUGCCACGCAGGCUCCAGUUAAGUAGCCGUUUCAGGAUUAGUCAUGAUCGCCAUAUAAGCUAGCAUGGCAGAUAUCGGAUAGUUUAAAGGAACUCAAUUCGAAAACGAACACGUAUUACCGGCAAAGGCCUCGUCACCCAUCUCCGAUCGUAUGUCGGUGCGGGAACCAAUUAUAAGCCUAAGCUCUCGAUCAAGCCCAAACCAUCUUAAAACCGUAACACGCAAACACCCUGUCCUGCGGCAGCACGCACGUACGAACCUCGAUGGCCAGCGCGAUCUCGUGCCGCUGCAGCAGCGUGGUGUUCGUGGGCAACAUCCCGUACCAGGCGAACGAGGAGGAGCUCCGCGAGGCCUGCGAGGAGAUCGGCCCCCUGGAGUCCCUCCGCGUGGCAUUCGACAAGGACACCGGCAAGCCCCGGGGAUUCGCCUUCGCCGAGUACCGCGACGACGAGACCGCCCGCAGCGCCUGCCGCAACCUGCACGGCCGCCCGCUCCGCGGCCGCGCGCUCCGCGUCGGUAUCCAGCAGCGGCAGCGGCAGCACGGCACGGACCGGCCCGUGGGCGUCGAAGAGGCCACGCACGCGGCGUCGCUCGUCGAUUACGAGCACGGGGGGAUGGCGGCGCCCGGCGAGGCCGUGACGAGGUACCUGGCGGGGCUGAGCCGGCGGCAGGUGCGCGAGUUCUUGGGCGCCGUGGCUGGGGAGCGGGAGGAGUGCGUGGAGCGGGCGAAGCGGGAGUUUAGGGGCCUGGCCACGCUGAUCGAGCAGGCGAGGAUACUGGUUGAUAUGGAGGCGGCGGCGAGUGAUGAAGGGGUGGGGGGCAAGCGGCAUGCUGCCGGUGCUAGUGGUUUGCCGGAGUCGGGUGCGCCGGCCGCGAAGCUGAGGAAGGUGGACGCCGGCGUGCCCACCGUGCCUGGCGUUGCCUGCCGCUGACGCACGGGUGACCAGCGCGGAGAGGUUGCCGAUGCCGCACGGCCGCCUGACUCACCCGACCUCGGACAUCGCCGUCGCGCGAUCCGCCUUCGCCUUCACCGCAUCCCUCCUCAUCUGUCACUGACAUCGGUGGGGAAGGGGUUUCCCACCUGCAGGUCAAUCUGUCAUUUCUAAACUCCGAUCAACCAAUGCACGGGCCGAUGGACAUCCUCCUUUUAUUAGAAAAGAAAGAAACAAUCUAGAAUCCACAAAAUCUGACCCUUAUUUGUGGGCGCCUUACGCAAGUGGACCAAUAAAAAAAACUACUCCCUCCGUCUCAUACUAAGUGACUCAAAUUUGCGCAAAUAUGAAUGCAUCUAUACUCAAAAAGCGUUUAGAUACAUCUAAUAUUUCGCCAGUUAAUAUGUGACGGAGGGAGUAUUUUAUUUUGAUUUUACUAAAAAUUUAUUUUACUUUCACUAAAUUUCAGGAAUUAUUUAGCGAGGUGUUCAGGGAUCCGGUUUAUCCCCGUAAAAUUUAUUCUUAAUCUUAAUGAUCCAUGGCAAAACCAUAUAGAUCUGGUCCAUUGCUCAAAAGCCUGGUUUUAGCGGUCCCUUGGUCCAACAAGGCCUGGUUUUAGCGAUGAUGCAGCAGCGCCUAUCAACGCAAUAAAACAUGAGGAAUAUGGAGAUUCUCAACAACAACAAAAACAUGAGGAAUAUGGCGUAAACACAAAGUAAAAAAUGUAGCAUGUCGCAAUACAUAUCGAAAUAAAUGCACCAUCUUUUAGUAAUCUUUAAAUUUGCAGCGAAUUCCACGUUUUACACCUCUUUGACAAUCCCCAAUUUAAAAUCCGUGCAACAUUUCACCCGUAUUUUAUAAAUGUGUGACGGGUUUUACUAAUUAACUUUGAAGGUAUUCUAGAAAAUCAUGAAUUUGAUAUUAAAAAAAUUAAA